AAUCAGCUUUAUGAUUGGCCGAAUUCCUAAUAUUCCAACGAACCAAACGACAAAAACCCUAGUUUCCGUUUAGUUGGACGGUUGCUCUCUUUCGAUCAUAUUGCGCAGGUAUCAAGAUGGGUAAACCUCGAGGUCUUCGUACAGCUCGUAAACACGUAAUUCAUAGAAGGGACCAACGUUGGAAUGAUAAAGAUUACAAAAAAGCACAUUUAGGAACAAGGUGGAAGGCUAAUCCCUUUGGAGGUGCCUCACAUGCUAAAGGCAUUGUUUUGGAAAAAGUUGGAGUCGAAGCCAAACAACCCAAUUCUGCUAUUCGCAAGUGCGUAAGAGUGCAGCUUAUUAAAAAUGGCAAGAAGAUCACAGCUUUUGUACCUAGAGACGGCUGUCUAAACAACAUUGAAGAAAAUGACGAAGUUCUAGUAGCUGGAUUCGGACGUAAAGGUCAUGCUGUUGGUGACAUUCCUGGUGUUCGUUUUAAAGUAGUAAAAGUUGCAAAUGUUUCUCUACUUGCUCUUUAUAAAGAAAAGAAGGAACGUCCCAGAUCAUAAAUCCUUGGUUACAAACUUUUAAAAAUUUGUAAUUAACAAUAUAAAAUGGAAUUAAUUUAAUUAUACAAGUUUAAAAGAUAAAAGAAUUGUUUUGUUAUCAUUGCCUUUAUUUUAUUCAUCAUCAGUUUUGCAUUUAUUCAAUAUAUGGAAGUAAACAAUAAAAUUACAUACAAUGAUUUAUUCUUUGUGGACGAAUCAUAAAUAAAUUGAUAGUUCGUGUCCUAAUGGGCAUACAAAGAGUAAACAAUAAACGCAUUAUAUAUAAA